AUGCUGCCACUAGCUUCCAGAGUAUUUCCCUUUGGUCUAUAUAAACGAAGCUCCGCCCCUGGAGCUUUCACAAGCCGCACUACUGCCCUGGCUAGAACAACACCGGAGGGCGGACGAAUUCAAUAAAUUUAAGAACAAGCUCCCAGCUGUGAUGGCAGGGGUUCUGGAUGCUUUAGCAUCCUAUGUGACCAGCAUGCUCGCCGAGAUGGCCAAAGAGGAGGUGGCCAUGCUAAUCGGCGUGUCCAACGGGCUCGAAGACCUGGGUGUCAAGCUUGGGGACCUCAAGAAUUUCCUUGCUGAUGCUGAUAGGAGGAACAUCACCGAUGAGAGUGUGCGGAGGUGGGUGGGGGAACUGAACCGUGCCAUGUACCAGGCCACGGACAUCAUCGACCUAUGUCGGCUCAAGGUCAUGGAACAGGGUCCAUCCAAGGACAUGGGGUGCCUUAACCCACUCCUCUUUUGCAUGCGGAAUCCCCUCCACGCCCACGACAUCGGCACCCGCAUCAAGAGGCUCAACCAAAAUUUGGAUGACAUUUGCAAGAGGGGUGGAAGUUUCAAUUUCAUCAAGAUAGAAGCCUACGAAGAGAGAAAGAUGACUCGAUCUCUCGCCACUAACCGCAAAACUGAUUCACUGAUGGAGUGGUCAGGUGCAGUUGGUGAGAAGAUCAAGGAGGACACGAGAGCGGUUGUGGAGGUGCUCACACAGGAGGCAGUUAGUAACAAGAGUGAUCACCUCAUGGUGGUGGCCAUUGUUGGCGUCGGCGGGGUUGGCAAGACCACCCUUGGCAAGAAGGUCUUCAAUGAUGAUGGCAUCGAAGGCAAGUUCACUAAGAAGAUAUGGCUUAGCAUCACACAUGAUUUCAAUGAUGUUGAGCUAUUGAGUACGGCUAUCACUGCCGCUG